AAAUAAGUGGGAUUUGGUGAAAGUGAAAGGAUCCAAGAAAUUUCAAAAUGGCUCUUAAAUAAGCAUUUUUCCCAUCUUUUAUUCACGUGUCUCGUGCCUUUAAUGCACCGGAGCCCUGAAGGUCCCUGAGCCCCAGUUUGGAAACCACUCACCGGUUUAUUUUACAGCCACAGAGGCCAGCAAAUGCUGUUGUCAAUCAGUCAGUCGAGACGCACCUCCUUUCCAGUUGGGAGCGCACCGCGGCUUCGCAUCUGGAUUUUACGCGUCGGUCGGUCCACGCCUACAAGACUGCCCGCCUCCCCCGCUGCAGCCCGCACACUCGGCUGUGGGCUUUUCGCGGCGGAGACCUGUCGUCCUCUCACCCUUCACGGCUCCUCCAAUUUGUCAGAUCUCGUCUCUCUUUCCUUUCCAAUGGCCGUCCGUGGCGUGAUUUGCAUUCAGCAGCGCAAUAGUUAAUGAGUGCCGGAUGCGCCCUCACUCCAGCAGACCGCUACAGUACGAAGAUGGCGUCGGAGGGAGCCAGCGGGGAGCACCCUCCUCCGGUACAAACACUGGCAGCCGCCGUGCUGGGAAGUGUCGACACGAAAUGUGAGUUCAACAUGGAUAACCUGAGCAAGCCAGAGCUGCUCACCCUGCUGAGUAUCAUGGAGGGAGAGCUGGAGGCCCGCGACCUGGUCAUCGAGGCCCUGAGGGCUCAGAGGAAGGAGGUGUUUCUCCAAGAGCGAUACGGCCACUACAGCCUGACCGACCCCUUCCUGGCGCUCCAGAGGGACUUUGAGUGCGGGGUCCCCGGAGGAGACAAGGAGCGGCGGCCCCUGGGCUCCAGCCCCAUCUCUGUGCUGGAGGCCGUCAUGGCCCACUGCAGGAAGAUGCAAGAACGCAUGUCAGCCCAGCUGGCCGCCGCCGAGAGCCGCCAGAAGAGGCUGGAGAUGGAGAAGCUGCAGCUCCAGAGUUUGGAGCAGGAACACCGCAAGCUGACGGCACAGCUGAAGGACGAGCGCGAGAAGAACAAGCACAUUGUUAUGAUGUUGGUGCGCGAGUGCAAGCAGCUUGCCACGCGGGUGGUAGAAGAGUCGCAGCGCUUUGACGAGCUCCAGGCUCGCCUGGAUGAGGAAAGUCGCACCUCUGGCCGGCUGCAGGAAGAGCUGAGCACAGAGCGGCAGCGUAGCCAACAGAUGGAAGCCAAGAUGGAAAAGCAGCUGUCGGAGUUUGACACAGAGCGGGAACAGCUGCGCGCCAGGCUGGGCCGCGAGGAGGCCGAGAGCCACAGUCUGCGGCAGCAGGUGGAACAGCUCAGGACUGAACAGGGCGAUGCGAAGGAUGUUUCCGCUGUCGCCAAACCUGCAGCUGCUGGAGCAGAACCUGCUGCUGCCACCAGCCCACCACCCAAACCGAAAGCUCUGACGUCUGUUUCUGUAGCCACGGAGCCCAUCAGCUCCCGAACGGCGUCUUGCCAGACUGACCUGCCCCCCACUGAGGUGGAGGGUCCCAAGAAGACCCCCCUCACCAUACCCGUCAAACCAACCCCUGCCAACUAUGUGGGCCUGAGCCUGCCAAAGACGACCGGCCGUGGGAUCGUCCACAGCAGCUCAGGAGGACUGGCACAGGCAGAGAAUGGCUCGGAGGGCCAGGUCCCUCAUGGCCUGCCUAGCGGAGUCAGCCCCCGUGUCCAGGCGGCCCGUUACAAGUUCCAGGAACAGGACCAAAAUGGCACGGCAUCCCAGAGUCCUCCAGCCCGUGACCUCUCCCCCACCAACCGAGACAACUUUGCCGCCAAGCAGCAAGCACGCCACACUGUCACGCAGGUCCUUUCACGGUUCACUAGCCCUCCUGCAGGAGGUGCCGGACCCCUGCGUCCAGGCCUGCCCCACUCUGCCUCAGAAGGAGGCCCUUUCCCCGGCCGCCUGAGCCAUCCCAUUGGCCUCAAGUCACCCACAGUGGCCAGGAUCGACCGGGGAAACCCUCCCCCUAUCCCUCCCAAAAAGCCAGGGCUUUCCCAGACCCCCUCUCCUCCUCAUCCACCCAUCAAGGUGGUGGGGGACAGCAGCCGCUCCCCUGGGGCUGGACUAAAACCAGCCACGCCCCAGCUGCCGCCCAAACCCGCCCUGGAUCUGGUCCCAGCCCUGGCGGCCUCUCAGGUGGGUUCCUGUUCCCCCUCUCGCUCCCCGGGGCCUGGCCGGGGCCCUCAACGGCAGCCAGCAGCAGCAUGUGCAGAGUGUCCUCCCAUCGUCAGCCCUGCCACCGCUGUCAGUAGUCCCUCCUCCAUAAACCCCCCCUCCACCUCCUCAUCCAUUAGUGCUUCAUCCUCCCGUAGCUCCCGUGCCUCAGCAGGCAGCCCCCUGGCAACAGCAUCAGGCUGGUGUCCCUCCGUAGUCUCCUCUCUAAGCGGCGGUGGGCCUGCUGCCCUGGACGGCGGGCGCCCCCUGCUUCCCCAAGCUGCUUCCCAGGGAAAUGUCACUUUAUUGUCAAUGCUGCUUAACCAACCAGACCCGACCACCAUCGCCAACGCCACCUGUACCACCAACACCACCUCUACCACCGCCAUGGAGAAUAAACCCAAUCAUCUUGACCGAGAACGCCAGAUCUACCACAACCACAACCAAACCUCUGCCUUGUUUGCUGCUGCUCAGAAUGGACACACAGAGUGUGUGAAGCUGCUGCUGUCUUCAGGGUCGUCCGCUGAUGUGUCGCACGAAAAUGGAUUCACACCUUUACACUCUGCUGCCGCCCACGGCCACAGCAGCUGCGUGGAGGUGCUGCUGGCUGCAGGAGCUGCCGUGGAUUCGGCGGCGGCGGGGGGACAGACUCCUCUCUUCCUGGCCUGCGAGGCCGGCAGGCUGGACUGUGUCCGCGUCCUGCUGAACGCCGGAGCUGACCGCUCGUGGACCACGACGGACGGCUGCACGGCUCUGCACGCGGCCGUGCGCUCAGGACACGUGGACACGCUGCGUCUCGUCCUCUGCCACCCGAACCCCGAGGGUGACCCCACUGUGGCGCCCGACCCCCCCGCCACCCUGGCUCUGCCCGCUGCCCUGCUGAACCAGGCCAACAGUGACGGCUGGACUGCCGCACACAUGGCCGCCGCCCUCGGCCUCAAGGAGUGUCUGGACGUGCUGUGCAGCCACAGCGAACAGGACAUCGAGAGGAGGGAUAAGUGUAAUCGCACCAUUCAUGACGUGGCAACUGAUGACUGCAAAGAUCUACUUGAAAACCUCCACUCUUACCGGGUCCUGGUGCGUCUCCAGUGUUCAGGUGGAGGAGGAUCAGGGUCCAUGUGUCCUGUGGAGGCCCUGGAGGAGGAGGCGAAGGGAGUGGCCAGCAGCCAGUUGGUGCUGGGCAGAGUGUCAGUGGACCGGUCCGUGGGUUGGUCCCAGCUGAGCUCCACCCUCCGCCACACCUUCACCUCCUUCCUCCAGACCCUCUGUGGAGAAUGUCAGACGUCCAGAGAGGAGGUGCAGCGCCCACCGCUGGGCCUCAGCCCUGCCAGUAUCGCCUCCAUCCUUAUAGGAGACACCGAGUGGUUGCCCGGUCAGGAGCUGCCCGUAUCCCCCUGGGACCUGGUCCGAAAGCCUCUAAGCCAGUGCAUCACCAUCCGCCUCAAAGGUCUGUCUCAGUCGUGUCUCGAUGAGUUGGCUCUGGAGCACCUCUUCCCCCUGCCGCUGCUGCACAACUACGUUCGCCUGGUGGAACAGUAUGGAAACCUCAUCUUUCACGGGCUCGAGGGCAGCUGUCAGGAGUACAUCGCCAACAUGGUGGCUCGCUGCAUCAAGUCAAAGCAGGAGGCGGGGAGGCUCGGCUGUGACGUGGUCCGGGUGGAGGUGGAGGAGAGCCUGACCAAAGAGCAGCUGCUGGAGGCUUUCAUCACCUGUGGUUUCCUGGUGCCGGCGGUGGGGUCUGGGCGCCACGCUGGUCACAGUGUGGUCGUGCUGCUGGAAGGACUGGAGAAGGCUUCGUCCCUAACAGGCCUGCUGGGAGACCUCUGCCACAGUCUGGACAGCAGGGGCUCCGCUGCCCCGCUGGUUCUCAGCACCGGUCCCCACCACUUCCGGGAGGGCAGCUUCCUGAUUGCCACGCUGUCGAAGCCACGGCUGCAGGGAUCAGAGCUCCGUCUCCAGCAGCAUUUCCGCUGGGUAACGCUUCGCUGGGACCAGGAGCCGCUGCACGGCAUGCUGGGAAGACACCUGCGCAGGAAGCUGCUUCAUAAGGUGGGGACUGGAGUUUGGUCACCCGAUGGUGUCAUGGAGCGGUCGGUGCUGUGGGUGAACCAGGUCUGGCAGCAGCUCAACGCCUGUUUGUCCCGUCUGGGGACCCACGAGGCCUUGCUGGGCCCGCAGCUCUUCCUGUCCUGCCCUGUGAUCCCAAACAACACACAGGCAAUCGUCAGGUGGCUGGCUCGGCUCUGGAACGCUGUGGUCGUCCCCCGUGUGGAAGAAGCCAUCAUCUCCCGGGUAACGGCCAAGCGCUCCACCUCCUCCUCCUCCACCAUCUCCUCCUCAUCAUCGCCGUCGUUGUCGCAGCGACCGUCUCUUAGCAACUGUGGGUUGAGCGCCGGGCAGCAGGCUGUGGUAAAAGCCGCCCUCAGCAUCCUGGUCAACAAGGCUGUUCUCCUGGGCUGCCCUCUGCCUCGGCACGAGAUUGACAGAUACCUGCUUGAGUUUCGCGGCGGGACCUUCCCUCUGUCAGCCAUUGGCUCCUAUAAAGGAGGUGGCGGCGGAGGAGGUAGAAAGGGGCGUGACGGCGGCAAGCUGAGGCGAUCCAACACCAGCCCUCGGAAGAAGGGAAGUCCCGCCUUAAACUGGAGCUGCGGCGGUUCCUUUAGAGAAGGUUCGCUGUCGAGCACUGAUGUCAGCUUCAUCGCCAACGGCAAAGAUCGGAGGGAGCCUGUCGGUCUGUCUCUGUUCUCCGACGACGAGACGGAUUUGAUCCGAGAGCUGCAGACCAUGUGCUCCAGCAAGUCCGAGCCAGACAUCAGCAAGAUCUCUCAGGCCAAAGACGACUUGAUCCUGUUCUCCAGCUCCCCCAGCGAGGUGGCGCCCGCCCGCAGCGCUGAGCAGGAAACGGCCAUCCAGCAGCGACCGCAGACGGUGAGGACAAACGGGACUGUCGCCCGUCAGUCCAGCCGCGGCUCCGUCCAGAGCAGCGACCGGCGUUCGGGCCCUCGCGCCAAGUCGCAGCUCCCCGUUCCUAGCAGCAGGGGGCAGCAGCAGACACGAGCCUCCACUGCCGCCAGCAGCAGCAGCAGCAGCCCCAGCCGCACCCAGACGCCCCCCAACCGCAGCAGAGCCACCAACAGCAGCAGCAGCAGAACAAAGCACGUUACCCCCAACAGCAGCAGCAGCAGCAGCAACAACAACAACAACUACUACCGCAACAACAUCAACGACAACAACCAAUCACACGAGGACAUCUGGAUCCUCCACAGAGACCUGCAUGAGAACAACAACGGCAGCAGCAGCAAGUAGACAUCCUCUCCCCCUCCACGAUUCUGCUGUGAACGACCCUCCAUAAUGUAAAGACUGGGUACCUGACGACCUUUGACUCUUAGUAUUUGUACUUGUUAUCCGUACUUGUUACACUGUACUACAGUUGUGUACUUGGGGACCAUAGUUUUAUUCUAUUACAGUAUUUGAAGUAUUUGAUUGCUUGGUUUGGUGAGAUCUUACGUGGGGGGAAGAAACGGCCGAAGGUAAUGCAGCAGGUUACUUUACUGUUGCCUUUUUCCAGUGUGUCAACCUGCAUAUUAUGGGAUAGUAUUCAGUAGACAAGAUACAGCGUAAGAAUUCACUGAGUAUUUGACUGGUUGAAACUGCCUCCAAACAGUACUGACACAGUAUUUUUGUGUACUUACAGUAAAAUACUGUGUUUCUCCUACUGGUAUAAGGCCAUUGAAGAGUAACUGAAGGUACUUACAGAUGUUACCUUUUAGAGGAAAAAGUGUUUUUGGAUCAAAGAAAGAGACGAGCAGGUUUUUAUUUUCUUGUUGUUUUUGCUAUUAAGUAUUUUGAGAUAUUCAAGUGUUUUAUCCUUAAAUAGUUGCAAGGUUGGUUUAAAUACUGUUGAAAUUAAUCAGGGUUUUACCAAAUAUAUUUGUAAAUAAGAAUUAGUAAGUUUAAAUGCUCUAUAGAUUGGUGUAUGUGGUAUGACGCUUGUACAGUGAUGAAACCUCGAAGCAAAACUGCUGAAAAAAGAAGACUUGUACAUAGUGUUUGUAAAACGAGUUUGGUUUUGAACUCUUCACUUGUUUCAAAGUGAAGGGGCUGUGGCAAUAAGUAAUAGAAUUGUAUAAACACAGGAUGUCCUCAAUCAACUGUAAGCCAUAAUAAAUAUUUUAAAUGCCCAUCAUGUCCCUCGAGUCACGUUCACUUUCACCCCGGCUGAGCCCUACAGUGUAACUCUUAUUUUUAUUUGAUUUUCUUGCUUUCCAUUAUCACUGUGUUCUUCGUAUGUUUUUACUUUUAAGGACUUAUUUUAAGCGGACAUUGUUUAUAUAUAAAUAUAUCUAUACAUAUGUACAGGAGAGAUUUUAGUCAACCUAUGAUUUUGAUCUGUACGAUAGCUGUUUGAGGUUUAAAGAAUUGUCUUUCAAGCACAAACAUUAAAAUGGCACUGUUGAAAAUCCCCA